GAAAAUUCGAUAGAAUAGCGUGUAUUACAAUGAAGGAAUGUUAUUUGGAAAGUGAUUAUACAAACUACGAAACUACACAGCUAAAAAACACGGGUGCCUUAUUGCGCGUAACCACAGGCUCAGUGAUUUUUCAAAGCUGCGCCGUUUGUCCUUCAUUGGCAAAGAUGGUGGAUGUUUUUUAUUUGUGAUUCUUAUGACGAAGGGAGAUUCUAGUUAAUGCAAUAAACCUUUAUUAAAAAAAAGGCGGGAAAUAGAUUUUGAUUCCAUAUAUGUCAUGAGAUUUCUUACAAAAACUUGUUCUCUCUUAACAUUGUUCGAGACUACGACGCUAGAAAUACAUAUCGACUUGGCAAAAUGGCGGGAAACUUAAACAAACUUAGCGUAUAUUCUCGUAGUUCAACGGUCCUUGAUAGUCUUAUCGCGAAUGACCAUUCAGCAGAAGAGAAACCAAGUCCAACGAAAAAUAAACGAGGAGGCACGAAAAGACUCUCUACAUUAGAAAGGUUGGCUCAAGAAGGGGAACGAGUCACAAAGGAUUUAAAUGCAUCUGUUGGAGAAGUUGAAGGUAGAAGGCGCACACGUAGUUCAGCACGAGGCCUAACUUCAUCAACACCUGUACCAUCUCCACCUAAAAAAGAAAAAAGGGAUACAUCGACAAAAGGUACUGGUCGUGGACGCGGGCGUCCUAAAAGGCAAGAAAAAAAUAAUGACAAUAAUACGGAUGAAGAAGCAGCUAAUAAUAAAAGUGAAAAACACUCUGAAGAGGAAUCUAUGAAAAUGGAUGUGGAUGAACAUAAGGAAGAAACAGAAAAAUUGGCAGACAGCGAAGACAAAGGUGUUACAAAAUUAGAAAGUAAAGAAGCUAUUGAAAAGACUCUUGAUACUAAUUUCAAAGAAGAAAAAGUUGCAGAAGAAUCAGAGAAUUUUGCAGAAGAAAGCAAGAGUUCUAGUAUCAGUGAAGAAAAAAAGGAGGAGGACAUAAAGGAUAGCUCGGAUUCGAGUCAAGAUGCAACAGACACAACAACAGAGGCACCACCUUCAUCUUCGUCAGAGUCUCAAAAUCUCUCUAAUACCACUACUACUGAAGAAAAUAAGGAAUAACCUCCUUUUGCCUGUUUACCAACUUCAUGUACCAGGGCGGCGCACACAUUGGGGUUACAAAUCCAGUCCCCUCGUCUAUUUUAACAAAUUGACACCUUCUUGCCGAUCGUUAUUCUAAUCAGUGUACAUGAACAUUAUUUUUCUUUUUAAUUUGCAGACGAAAGAUCAAAGUAUAUUAUAAAUUCAUUAUCAAAAUGAAUAUGUUUAAUUAAUGUAUUUAAUGGUAUUGAGUAUUGGUACCAUAGAGUAGUUAUUUUAAUGUAGUUUUACUUUGAUAAAAAGUAAAAUUAUUCUUUGUGCACUGAUUAGUUUAAAAUGCAAAAAUGAGGUGUAGAACGUACGUUGUUCAUGUACAAUGAUAAUAUUAUUGUAAAAUAUAUUUAAUAUGGACUUAUAUAGACAAGUUGUUUUCAAAUCAGAGCUGAGGUCGGAGUCUUUAAAUAUCAAUCUUCGAGUCAGAUCUGAUAUGGAAGUAGCUGAAAUUAAUUCGUACAUAGCAAAUUACUGUAAUAUCUUAUCUUAUAUAAAUAAUGACUGAAUGAAAUGGAAUAUAUGAGAAUUAUGGUGAAACGAUUUCUCUUUUUUCAUGGAAUACAGAAAUAAAAUUUCUGAGAAACGCGUCGUAGCGUGAUAUCAAUUGUCUCCUUCCUCGCAUAAUGUUACUAAUAUCAACCGGUUCGUCGAUUUUAACAUUUUAAGUUUCUUUCGUAUUUGGUAACUAAUAUUUUAACUUUGUUUCUAUCUUUUGAAUUAAAAAAAAAAAACAAAAAACAAAAAAAAAAAACAAAAAAAAGAAUAGGAAAAAAAAUGGAAAGAAGAAUAAAGAUUUGUAAGAUAGUCUUGUGCAUAUGUAUUUUUUUAUGAUAGAAUUUCACGAAAUAUCGGUAUUGUGUAAUGAGUGUAAAUCUUUUUAUUAAGCACCCUCUUUUUUCAUUUAUAAUGGUCCAAUAUUAAAUAUGUUGAUAUUAUUGUGUAUUUGAACGGUUGUGAAUGUACAGAUAGAUUAUAUUCAUGAAUUAUAAUUAAAAGGUUCACAGAUUUUAAUAAGAUAUAAAUAAAAAUGGAAUGAUAAAUCUAAUCGUUGAACGUUCAAACGUUCGAACGUAUGUGCAAUUAAGAAAACAAUUUGUUUCAAUCGCGUUUGCAUAUCUUUUAGAAAUUUAAAAUAACUCCAUUUCUUUCUCUUCUUAAUAUUUAUUGCAAGAUAUUUAAAUAGAUUUUUUGAACUUUUUCGAGUAAAUUUUUUUAACUUGAUAAAAUAUAAUAAGGUUGUUUAUAUUGGAAAUUUGUAAACAAAGAAAGAAAAAGAAAAAAAAAAAUAAAGAAGAAAGUGAUUUUAGUUGAAUUACUUACUUCUGAUAAUUAUUAUAUCGUAAGAGAAGAUAGGAUUUGCCAUUCCAUAUAUUUUUUUCUUUUUCUUAUCAGUAGUAUGACGAGUUAAAGCGUUACUUUUCGCGAGAGAUUAAAAUCAAAUGCGAUACGCGUGUAUAUAGUUAAGGUUAAGCUUCGUGUGUGGCAAUUGAUCUUAUCUCCUACGUGCUAGCGUGAAGGAUUGGAACGACGUGUGCCAGCGUGAGCAUCCUGUUAUAGAAAAUAUAGGAAGUAUAGCUGAAACCUAUUUUUUGCUGAUUCAAUCAAAAAUGGAACUUUAUAACAUACAUUACGUUAUAAAUUAAAACUUUUAGUCCUUCUUACGAGA